AUGCCUGCUUACGACGACUCUGAUUUCGGUGACAGCACACCUCUCAACCAGGCCAAGUCCCACGAUAUCAACCGCGCUCCCUCCAACAACUUGUCUGCUGGCGGACUCGCCAUUCCUGGUGAUGGCAGCAGCGAUGCCCAUGGCACAGCCCACUCCAUCGAGGUUCCAGCGACCAGGAGCUCUAUCGCAGAUGCAUCGCACUACAUGCACAACCUCUCUCUGUCGCCAUCCAUGAGGGACCGACGAGGCUCCAGGAACUCCUUCGGAACCUCCCUGCCCAUCCCCCGAUCAAAGAGGCAAUCGAGGCUGUCUUCGGUCCACUACCCCGAGGGUGUUGCCCAGCGCCCUGGCAUGCCUCCUAUCCAGCCAUCUCGCGACAUCAUCGCUGCUCAGCUCCAGGAUCUUGCCGGCGAGAAGGUCACCGCUGCCAAGGACAUGGCAUUCGUCUUCGACAUCGACGGUGUGCUCGUCCACGGCGACCGUCUGAUCCCCGAGGGCAAGCGCGUGCUUGAGAUUCUCAACGGCGAGAACGAGCUCGGCAUCAAGAUUCCCCACAUCUUCCUCACCAACGGUUCUGGAAAGCGUGAGGUGCCUCGUGUAGAGCAGCUCUCCAAGAUCCUCCACAACCCCAUCUCCACCGAACAGUUCAUCCAGUCCCACACGCCCAUGCGAGCUCUGGCCGAGUACUACAAGACGGUCCUCGUCGUUGGCGGUGAGGGCUACAAGUGCCGCGAAGUCGCCGAGGAGUACGGUUUCGAGGACAUUGUUGUGCCCAACGACAUCAUCGCGUGGGACCCAACCAUCGCCCCCUACCGCGUCUUCACCGAGGAGGAGCGCAAAACCUCCCGCCCCCGCGACUUCUCAAAGACCAACAUCGACGCCAUCAUGGUCUUCUCCGACAGCCGCGACUACGCAACCGACAUCCAGAUCAUCAUGGACCUGCUGCAGAGCGAGAACGGCCGCUUCGGAACCCGCGCCGCCGACCCCGUCUCCCAGCGCAUCCCCAUCUACUUCUCACAAGGCGACAUGCUGUGCCCGACCGAGCACCCCUUCCCGCGCAUGUCGCAGGGCGCGUUCCGCAUCGGCCUCGAAGCCAUGUACAAGUCGCUCACCGGUGUGGACCUCGAGCGUGUCGUGUACGGCAAGCCCGAGCUCGCGACGUACAAGUACGCCGACGAGGUCAUUGCUAGCUGGAUGGAGACGAUCCACAACGAUGAGCGCCUGCCCAAGAACAUCUACAUGAUCGGUGAUAACCCGGCUUCCGAUAUCAUCGGCGGGAACAUGUAUGGCUGGAACACGUGCUUGGUGCGCACGGGUGUGUUCCAGGGCGGCGAGAAUGACGAGGAGAACCCGGCGAACUUUGGCGUGUUUAAGAAUGUGUAUGAGGCGGUUACGACGGCUAUGAAGAAGGAGUUGGGCCAGGACUUCAAGUUCGAGUUCAAUGAGUCGAUUAACCCCUCCACUCACGGCAUUGGGGCUUCGGCUAUCGAGUAG